CAUCUGAUUUUCCUUCUUUUUUUUUUAGCUUCCUGGUUAGCUACUUUACGUCAAAGCAGACAACAAACAGCUGCCCUGCUUUAUUUCUCAACCUUUUUCAACUUCUUCUUCGUACAACGAACUGUAAUAAUUUAUAGAAUUAUGGACGAGACGAGUCCGCUUGUCUCUCCGCUACGUGACUCCAAUGAUUUCAACUACGGUCCCACUGAGCCCCCGAGCCCGCGGGGCACCUUCGGAGGCACACCGGGCUCCGUGGUGCGUAUCCCCGCCGGCAGUCCGAGUCGCAACCGGGAGAGACAGCCGCUUCUGGACCGGGAUCGUGGUACCCAACCGCGGGAGCCGCACCGGAACGAAUUCCCGGAGGAUCCCGAGUUCAGAGAGAUCAUCCGCAAGGCCGAGCGAGCCAUUGAGGAGGGGAUCUACCCAGAAAGGAUCUACCAAGGAUCCAGUGGUAGCUAUUUUGUCAAAGACUCACACGGGAAAAUCAUUGGCGUGUUCAAACCUAAGAAUGAGGAGCCUUAUGGCCAUCUUAACCCCAAAUGGACUAAAUGGCUCCAGAAACUGUGCUGUCCGUGCUGUUUUGGUCGCGACUGUUUAGUUCUCAACCAGGGCUACCUCUCAGAGGCCGGCGCUAGCCUGGUGGACCAGAAACUGGAGCUCAAUAUCGUUCCGAGGACCAAGGUGGUAUACUUAGCGAGUGAAACAUUCAACUACAGCGCUAUAGACAGGGUGAAGUCUCGAGGUAAAAGACUCGCCUUAGAGAAAGUACCUAAAGUGGGUCAGCGCUUCCAUAGGAUUGGACUGCCUCCUAAGGUUGGCUCCUUCCAGCUCUUUGUGGACGGAUACAAGGAUGCAGACUUCUGGCUUCGUAGGUUUGAAGCCGAGCCUCUUCCGGAGAACACCAACCGUCAGCUUCAACUGCAGUUCGAACGCCUCGUAGUACUCGAUUACAUCAUCAGGAACACAGACAGGGGAAAUGACAACUGGCUUCUCAAAUAUGACUGCCCUAUGGACGCUGCGGGGAACCGGGAAACAGACUGGGUCGUAGUGAAGGACCCAAUAAUUAAGCUGGCAGCCAUAGACAAUGGUCUAGCCUUCCCUCUCAAACAUCCUGACUCCUGGAGAGCAUACCCGUUCUACUGGGCAUGGCUUUCCCAAGCCAAAGUUCCUUUCUCCGAGGAAAUCCGAGAGCUAGUCGUACCAAAACUCUCAGACCCAAAUUUUAUCAAAGAUCUUGAAGAAGACCUCUAUGAACUAUUUAAGAAAGACCCUGGUUUUGACCGAGGACAGUUUCACAAGCAAGUCGCUGUCAUGAGGGGGCAGAUUCUGAACCUGUGCCAAGCCCUAAAGGAUGAUAAAACACCCCUCCAGUUGGUCCAGAUGCCCCCAGUGAUCGUCGAAACUGCCAGGGCCCCCCAGAGAGCCAAUAGCGAGUCGUACACGCAGAGCUUCCAGAGUCGAAGACCUUUCUUCACCUGGUGGUAGGGAACAUGCAUUGGGAGGAGGAACGGCAGGAAGCGGGUGAAGAGAGUACAAGUUUGUCUCCUGGAAAUCAAUUUCAUUUCCAUCGUCCCCUGGAUACUGUAAUUACGAAAUGUGCGUUUGCUAAAGAGAUGAGGGGAAGAAUUUCACACUGUAUCUUCCUUGUUUGCCUGGGUGCCUUGUAUGGAUGUGAAGAAGUUUGAAAUAUUCCUUUGUGCAAAGAGACGUCAUUCUGUUGGACUCCUCGGGGGACACGUGUGAACGCCCACAUGUGCAUGCUAAUCAGUCAAAAACAAAAGUUGUCUAACUGAAGAUGGGAGCUGUCUCGUCCCACGUCAAUAUUUUCUUCGUGCCGCUCUGCCUUUUAACUGUCACCUGCACUCCCCACGUUGUGAAAUGGACCGCACUAGCAUGGCCUAUUUUAAAGUUUAGGAAAUGAAAACACUGUGCACGCCAACACGGUGAGCACGGAAUGUCAAGUGGUUUCACAACUUGAAAUGGAUUCUCACUGCAGUUGGCGUGAGGUUGUUGAAGUCACGCGGGGGGCAGACUGCGGUAAGACGAGAUGUGUGUGCUUAGAGAAGGCGUUUGUUAAGCUGCAAUAAUUGCUAGCCUAAUUAUUCCGCUUUCACCAAUGAGUUAGUUGACCAGUGAGGGGGAAAAAAAAAAA